AUGGCAAGGGCUAGGGUGAAACUUGCUAGGAUUCUUAAUGAAAGCAAGAGAAGGGCUACCCUGAAGAAGAGGAGAUUAGCUUUGAUCAAGAGUCUACAAGCCCUAUGUGUGUUGUGUAAAGUGAAAGCGUGUAUGAUCGUUUGUGAUGGUUUAAACGAUCAAAGCACAGACAACGUAAUGGUGUGGCCAUCUAGAAAAGAGGUUAAAACAAUGGUUGCAAAUUUUAAUAGUGUGCCCGAGCAAAAACAAAACAAGAAGAAUGUUACUCAUGAAAAGUUCCUUGAGAAUAUGCUUGUGAAUGAGAAAAGCAAGCUACAAGCAUUAAAGAAGAAAAAUGAUCAAAUGGAGAUUGAAGAAAUCUUGCACAAACUUCAUAGUGCUCCUACUUCCAUCGAUCUACAGAGUGGGAAAUUGAGUCAAGCAUAUUUCUAUAUAGAAGAGUUGAUCAAGAUGAUUGAGGAAAAAGAAAGUUCAUCUUAA